AUGGAGAAUGUGGAGAGGCAGAGCACACGAGACCCUAUCCCAUCACACCUCAGCCCCCUCAUUUGUCAGACCCAUCACACCUCAGCCCCCUCAUUUGUCAGACCCAUCACACCUCAGCCCCUCAUUUGUCAGAUCCCAUCACCUCAGCCCCUCAUAUGUCAGACCCAUCACACCUCAGCCCCCUCAUAUGUCAGAUCCCAUCACACCUCAGCCCCCUCAUUUGUCAGACCCAUCACACCUCAGCCCCCUCAUUUGUCAGACCCAUCACACCUCAGCCCCCUCAUUUGUCAGAUCCCAUCACACCUCAGCCCCCUCAUUUGUCAGAUCCCAUCACACCUCAGCCCCCUCAUUUGUCAGACCCAUCACACCUCAGCCCUCUCAUUUGUCAGACCCAUCACCUCAGCCCCUCAUUUGUCAGACCCAUCACACCUCAGCCCCUCAUUUGUCAGACCCAUCACACCUCAGCCCUCUCAUUUGUCAGAUCCCAUCACACCUCAGCCCCCUCAUUUGUCAGACCCAUCACACCUCAGCCCCUCAUUUGUCAGACCCAUCACACCUCAGCCCCCUCAUUUGUCAUACCCAUCACACCUCAGCCCUCUCAUUUGUCAGAUCCCAUCACACCUCAGCCCCCUCAUUUGUCAGAUCCCAUCACACCUCAGCCCCCUCAUUUGUCAGACCCAUCACACCUCAGCCCCCUCAUUUGUCAGACCCAUCACCUCAGCCCUCUCAUUUGUCAGACCCAUCACACCUCAGCCCCCUCAUUUGUCAGACCCAUCACACCUCAGCCCCCUCAUUUGUCAGACCCAUCACACCUCAGCCCUCUCAUUUGUCAGACCCAUCACACCUCAGCCCUCUCAUUUGUCAGACCCAUCACACCUCUGCCCACUCAUUUGUCAGACCCAUCACACCUCAGCCCCUCAUUUGUCAGACCCAUCACACCUCAGCCCCUCAUUUGUCAGACCCAUCACACCUCAGCCCCUCAUUUGUCAGACCCAUCACACCUCAGCCCUUAAUUUGUCAGACCCAUCACACCUCAGCCCCCUCAUUUGUCAGACCCAUCACACCUCAGCCCUCUCAUUUGUCAGAUCCCAUCACACCUCAGCCCCUCAUUUGUCAGACCCAUCACACCUCAUCCCUCUGAUUGGUCUGACCCUUCACACCUCAGCCCUCUCAUUUGUCAGACCCAUCACACCUCAGCCCCCUCAUUUGUCAGACCCAUCACACCUCAGCCCCCUCAUUUGUCAGACCCAUCACACCUCAGCCCCCUCAUUUGUCAGACCCAUCACACCUCAGCCCUCUCAUUUGUCAGACCCAAAACACCUCAGCCCCUCAUUUGUCAGACCCAUCACACUCAGCCCCUCAUUUGUCAGACCCAUCACACCUCAGCCCCUCAUUUGUCAGACCCAUCACACCUCAGCCCCUCAUUUGUCAGACCCAUCACACCUCAGCCCCUCAUUUGUCAGACCCAUCACACCUCAGCCCUCUCAUUUGUCAGACCAUCACACCUCAGCCCUCUCAUUUGUCAGAUCCCAUCACACCUCAGCCCCUCAUUUGUCAGACCCAUCACACCUCAGCCCUCUCAUUUGUCAGAUCCCAUCACACCUCAGCCCCCUCAUUUACCCAUCACACCUCAGCCCCUCAUUUGUCAGACCCAUCACACCUCAGCCCCUCAUUUGUCAGAUCCCAUCACCUCAGCCCCUCAUUUGUCAGAUCCCAUCACACCUCAGCCCCCUCAUAUGUCAGAUCCCAUCACACCUCAGCCCCCUCAUUUGUCAGACCCAUCACACCUCAGCCCCCUCAUUUGUCAGACCCAUCACACCUCAGCCCCCUCAUUUGUCAGACCCAUCACACCUCAGCCCCCUCAUUUGUCAGACCCAUCACACCUCAGCCCUCUCAUUUGUCAGAUCCCAUCACACCUCAGCCCCCUCAUUUGUCAGACCCAUCACACCUCAGCCCCCUCAUUUGUCAGACCCAUCACACCUCAGCCCCUCAUUUGUCAGAUCCCAUCACACCUCAGCCCCUCAUUUGUCAGACCCAUCACACCUCAGCCCCCUCAUUUGUCAGACCCAUCACACCUCAGCCCCUCAUUUGUCAGACCCAUCACACCUCAGCCCCUCAUUUGUCAGACCCAUCACACCUCAGCCCUCUCAUUUGUCAGAUCCCAUCACACCUCAGCCCCCUCAUAUGUCAGAUCCCAUCACACCUCAGCCCCCGAAUUUGUCAGACCCAUCACACCUCAGCCCUCUCAUUUGUCAGAUCCCAUCACACCUCAGCCCCCUCAUUUGUCAGACCCAUCACACCUCAGCCCUCUCAUUUGUCAGACCCAUCACACCUCAGCCCCCUCAUUUGUCAGACCCAUCACACCUCAGCCCCCUCAUUUGUCAGACCCAUCACACCUCAGCCCUCUCAUUUAUCCCAUCACCUCAGCCCCUCAUUUGUCAGAUCCCAUCACACCUCAGCCCCUCAUUUGUCAGACCCAUCACACCUCAGCCCCUCAUUUGUCAGAUCCCAUCACACCUCAGCCCCUCAUUUGUCAGACCCAUCACCUCAGCCCCUCAUUUGUCAGACCCAUCACACCUCAGCCCACUCAUUUACCCAUCACACCUCAGCCCCCUCAUUUGUCAGACACAUCAAACCUCAGCCCCUCAUUUGUCAGACCCAUCACACCUCAGCCCCCUCAUUUGUCAGAUCCCAUCACACCUCAGCCCCCUCAUAUGUCAGAUCCCAUCACACCUCAGCCCUCUCAAUAGUCAGACCCAUCACACCUCAGCCCCCUCAAACCCUCCUUAG